AUGAAUAAACAGAAUCCAUCAAUCGAUUAUGAAGAUUUGGAAUCAGAAUUUGACUAUGCAAAUGAUGCUGGAAGCAGUGUUGAUAGAAGAAAAAGUUAUCGAAUACAGGAUGAUCAAUUAUGGAAGAAACCACGAUUUGGAGAAGUUGCAUUGCCAGAUCGAAAGAAAGCAAAAGGCAUAUUUGAUCAAGAACAGUCCUGUUUUGAGAGACGAAAACAACGUCUAAUGACUCUAGACGUGUACACGCGACAUAAAGAACUUAUAAAUCAGUAUUACCUCUGUUAUCCAGGUGCAACAGCAAAAUUACAGCGAGAUACAUCCAGAGAUCGCACCGAUUAUGAUGUCCUUAAAGACAAUCACAGAUUUCUCUGGGAUGAUGAUGAGUUAAUGAAAGCAGCGGAGAAGUCGUGGGAAGCCCGUUUAGCCAAACGGUAUUAUGACAAACUUUUCAAAGAAUACUGUAUUGCUGAUCUUUCGCAAUACAAAAAGAAUAGAAUAGCUAUGAGAUGGCGAACUGAAAGAGAAGUCAGAUCAGGGAAGGGUCAAUUUGAAUGUGGCAAUAAAAGGUCACAUGCUAGCAGUCAGAAAAGCGAAGAAACUGCGGAGCAAACAAACACUUCAGACGUCCAGCAGCCAGCAGUUUCUGAAGAAACGUCUGAAGAAGUAGAACAGAAUAUUGACGAAAAACUGGAAAAGGAUAAUUUAAUGGAAAUCUGGAGGAAAUCACCGGAAGACACUGAUCCAGAAAAAAUUGCUGAACAAGAACUUGAUGAUUUCUUAGAUGACUUGUUAUUGUAA